CAAGCCACCACGCUGCAGAACAUGGCCAAGAUGUCAGUCAGUGUCCGAGUCCAUCGCCCCAGAGGAGAGGAGAUGGUGGUGAGCUCUGUGGACCUGGUGCCAGGUGACUGCAUCAGCCUGCCCACGGACGGGCUGCUGGUGCCCUGCGACGCCGCGCUGCUGACGGGCGAGUGCAUGGUCAACGAGAGCAUGCUGACGGGGGAGAGCGUGCCGGUGAUGAAAACCCCUCUCCCGGCCGGUGGGCAGGUCAGCAGCACCUAUUCCCCCGAGGAGCACAAGCGACACACCUUGUUCUGUGGGACACAGGUCAUCCAAGCCAAGUCCUACGUGGGUGGAGAGGUGCUGGCCGUGGUGACCCGCACGGGGUUUUGCACGGCCAAAGGAGAUCUCAUCAGCUCCAUCCUCUACCCCAAACCCGUGAGCUUCAAGUUCUACAAGGAUGCUGUGAAGUUCGUCCUGUUCCUCGCCGUCCUGGCUUUGAUUGGCACCCUGUACAGCAUCCUCAUCUUGGUUAAAAACCAGGUCCCUGUGGGGCAAAUCAUCAUCCGUGCCCUCGACCUCAUCACUGUCAUCGUGCCCCCAGCUCUCCCAGCUGCCAUGACAGUGGGCACCAUCUAUGCCCAGAACAGGCUGAAGAAACAGGGCAUCUUCUGCAUCAGCCCUCCCCGCAUCAACCUCUGCGGGAAGAUCCACCUGGUUUGCUUCGACAAGACAGGAACUCUGACAGAGGAAGGUCUGGAUGUUUGGGGGGUGGUCCCACUGGAGGAUGACCACUUCAUGCCCAUCGUCCACGAGCCCCGCCGCCUGCCCGCCGGGCCCUUGCUCUACUCCCUGGCCACUUGCCACACGGUGUCCCUGCUGCGGGCACAGCCCAUUGGGGACCCCGUGGACCUCAAGAUGAUGGAGUCCACAGGCUGGAUGAUGGAGGAGGAGGAAGGUGAGCUGCCUGCCUUCCAGCAGUUUGGCACAAAGGUCUUGGCCGUGAUGAAACCUCCACCCGAGGAAGAACAGCCACAAGACAGGGUAGGUCCUUCCCCCCUGGGGAUCCUCCGGCGCUUCCCCUUCUCCUCCUCCUUGCAGAGGAUGAGUGUGCUGGUGAAGGUGCCUGGAGAAGCCUCAGCCCAUGUCUACGUCAAGGGGGCUCCAGAGAUGGUGGCCAGCCGUUGCACGAAGGAGACAGUGCCCGUGGAUUUCUCCCAGAUGCUGCGACACUACACCACAGAUGGCUACAGGGUCUUGGGGCUGGCUUCCAAACCCCUCAGCACAGUGACCAGCUUUGAGGAGGCCCUGCAGCUCCCCAGGGACUCUGUGGAGAGCAGCCUGACCUUCCUGGGGUUCCUGGUCAUGAAAAAUGUCCUCAAGCCAGAGUCUGCACCCGUGAUUCACCUCCUGAGGAACGCCAACAUCCGCCCCAUCAUGGUGACAG